AUGGAGGUACCUGCCAGGGAUGUGCUGGUGCAGGGUUCCAGUGGUUUGGUUCAGCUGGCAGCUAUUGCCAAAGCAUAUUCUGGUUUGGCUCAGCGAGUUGUUUCCCCUCCCGCUGCUCAAAUGCCUAUAAAGGGUGCAGGAUCUGAUCUCCUUUCUGCCAAUAUGCCUUCCACACCUUGUUCCACCUUGGUACCAUGUGCUUUCACUGCUUACCCCUACCGUGCUGAAAAUCAGCACCUAGUUGCUCGAGUCCGGUUGUGGGAGUCCCAGCAGGAGAAUUUCUCCCUUAUGACUGCUCUUUGGGAUACUUCUCAUGCCCUCGAAUCUUGGCAACAAGAGGUGGAGCAACUGCGGACUUCUAGUCGCAAAGUCUUCCGGGACCUCCUUUCUGGGCUCACAUUCCAUUGGGAGCUCUCACGUGUGAAGCUCACCUCAUCUACUAGUUAUAAUCCCCUGGUUGCAUCCACCUUUAUUGGUUAUCACCCUAGGGACCUCUCUAGACCUCCUAGGAACCCCUUCAAGGGUCAUAUCUCACAAUCAGCACUACUAGGUCACUCCUAUCCUUGGUUGUGGUUCCCGCAGCUCCCUUCAAGCUCUGAUAUUAAAUCCACCCCUAAGACCAAUUCUGACCCAGGUCUUACACCUUCAACACAGUUCUGA